CGCUGAAGAGUUACGUUGGACAUACACAUGCCGAAUAUUUAAUCGAAAUUGGUUGAUGCAAAAAUAAGCAACAGAUCUUUAUUAACACGAAAUAAAGAAUAAAAAUAGUUUCAUAACAGCGAUGAUUUUUUAUGACUUUUAUUAUAAUAAUUACUUGUCAUGUUGAACAAAAAUAUGAAGUCGGUAUCUCGAAGGUUUCUUCUUAUCGAAUUUUUUGAUUAAGAGAACUCAAUAAACGAAAACGUCUUAAAGAAAUUUUAUACGGGAUGAAAUAUUUUUCAAAUUGUAGAGGUUCAAAAAAAGACAAAUUCAACUUUUAGAGGUCAAUAAUUUUUUUUUAAAUGGAUGACACUUUACAUUAUAUAGGUUGCGUAUAAGGACACGCACGUAGUGCGAUAGCCGAAAAUAUAAUAGAUGUAGAUUUAAAUACGAUUUUUCAUUGUAGCGUCGAUACGUGCGGUAGAACUCUAUUUCAGCGAAAUUUUAUCCGAUGCCUAAUUAUCUGACUAGUAGUGACUUGAAAAAGUGCAGAAGCAAUUGUAAAUCGGAACCAUGUGUAUAAGGAAAUAUUUAUCGUCACUACCAAGAUCAGUGUAUCAUCGGCAGCAUUCCACGCAACUUCAUCGAUGUAGAUAAUUUCUGUUACAUCAACUAAACUGUCAUUCUUAAGAAACAUGUUUCAUUACGAUAUUCGUUCCAUCUCAAUUUUCAUAUUAUUAUCAUCGAACUUGACAAGUUAUCUUACAUUAGUGAAUUCUUAUGUUGUGCCCACGCCAACGUUUGAAGCGUUAAAUCCAAAAGGAAUUCUUAUAUCGAUAUCGGACGAGCCCGGCUUACAAUUUUUUGCGUUUCAAGGAAACAUAAAUAGGGCUAUUAAGUUGAACGAAGUAGGACGAAUAUCGGGCGAAGUGUAUAUGAAGAAUAAUGGAAGAUGGAUCAUUGAAGAUCGAAAUAUGGACUUAACAAACGGAGAUGUUAUACAUUAUUGGACUUAUGUACAAGUUAACGGGAUAAUGUAUAACAAAGGAGAACAAACCUGGACAAUUUCAGUUACUAACGAGUUAGUGUUGAAUGAAACAUUCGACAUCUUUAAUAACUCCCUUUGGAAACACGAAGUCAAAAUACCGUUAAAUCCUGAUUAUGAAUUUUGUAUUUAUCACAAUAGACAACAUACAUUCGUAGCAUCCGUUAAAAACGGAAUGCUUAGAAUCAAACCAGCGAUUUUAGAAAACCACUAUGGCGUAAAUGCCACUAUGUAUGGAACGUUGAUACUUAGCGAGUGUAUUAGUGCGAUUCGAGCCGAAUGCCAACGUAAAGCUACAUCGUUCAGUAUUUUACCGCCUGUUAUAUCCGCCAGAUUAAGUACGAAAAACAGUUUCAAUUUCCGAUACGGAAAAAUCGAAAUAAGAGCAAAAUUUCCCGAAGGUGAUUGGUUAUAUCCAGAAAUGUGGCUUAAACCAAAGUACGAUUAUUACGGUCCCGAUUAUUCCAGUGGACGUAUCGUCCUCGGCCUUGCUCGUGGAAACGAUGAUUUAGUGAACGCUUUCGAUGGAAGCAUCUACGAUUCAAGAAGAUUAGAUUUUGGAGUCCGUAUAGGUGCAGAUGUAAAUGUUAUAAACUAUAUGGUUUCCCGGACUGGAAAGAAUGGCCCAAGAUGGACGCAAGAUUUUCAUGUUUACACAACAAUUUGGAAUUCCAAAGGAUUUCAAUUCCUUGUAGACGGUGAAGAAGUUGGUAAAUUAAAACCUCCGACAAAUGGUUGGAUGUAUGGGAAUAAUUUUACCAAAAUGGCUCCUUUUGAUCAAGAGUUUCAUAUCGUAAUUGGCGUGGGAGUUGGUGGUAUUCGCGUAUUUCCUGAUAAAACAACUGGCUGGGGACACGCAAAACCGUGGAAAAAUAUCGAAGCGAAGGCAAUGUUGAACUUUUGGCACGCAAAAGAUAAAUGGUUACCAAGUUGGAGCGAAGAAACUGCUUUCGAAAUCGAUUAUAUUCGAGUAUGGUCAUUGUAAAAAAGAUUAUGUUAUUAAUAAAAUUUACAUAAAAGGGUACUAAAAAAAUUCAUUCGUAAACAAGUUGCAAUUUUUGAAAUUUAAAUAUAAAAUAAUUCUUUAUAGCAUAAUAGGUCAAAUAUGUUUUAGAUAUUAAUGCCAUUAGUAAUAACACGACAUUCGUUAUUUUACUUUUUCUUAUUUACAGUCGUCUGUACUCGUAAUCAUAAACACGUACUAAAUAAUUAAAUGCGUAAACUUUAUUUUUACUACUGAAUGUAUUAUUUUCCUGUGACGAAUACAUAUCAUAUUUUAAACAUA